GUGAUCCCAAAACAAGAACUAGAAGCACUUCUGUGUGAUCCCAAAACAAGAACAAGCAAGAAAAGAAGGAAGAAGAAACAACCCGUAAUUUGAGAUCAAAGGAAAGAUGAACGACCUGAUGACGAAAUCGUUCACCAACUAUGUGGAUCUAAAGAAAGAGGCAAUGAAAGACCUGGACCUUGAAGCCGGGAACUUGGAGCUCUCAACAAACAUGCACAGUGACAUGGGUUUGUUCCUGGAAGAGGCCGAAAAGGUGAAGCAGGAGAUGGCUUGUGUGCGUGACAUUCUCGGCCGCUUACAGCAGGCCAACGAGGAGAGCAAGUCCCUCCACAAGUCCGAGGCCUUGCAAUCGUUGCGUAACCGCAUCAAUGCCGACAUUUUGAGUGUGCUGAAGCAGGCCAGGACAAUUCGUUGUCAUCUGGAAGACAUGGACCGCGCCAAUGCUGCGAAUAAGAGGCUCUCGGGUGCGAAAGAAGGCACCCCGAUUUACAGGACCAGGAUGGCGGUGACCAACGGGCUGCGGAAGAAGCUCAAGGAGCUUAUGAUGGAGUUUCAGGGUCUGAGGCAGAGGAUGAUGAGCGAGUACAAGGAGACUGUGGGGAGAAGGUAUUUCACAGUGACAGGCGAGAAGGCGGAUGAGGAGGUGAUCGAAAAGAUCAUAUCAAAUGGUGGGGAGGAGUUCAUGGCGAGGGCGGUGCAGGAACAUGGGAGGGGGAAGGUGCUGGAAACUGUGGUGGAGAUACAAGACAGGCACGACGCGGCUAAGGAUAUCGAAAAGAGCUUGUUGGAGCUGCAUCAGGUGUUCUUGGACAUGGCUGUGAUGGUGGAGGCUCAAGGUGAGCAGAUGGAUGACAUUGAGCAUCAUGUGAUAAAUGCUUCCCAAUAUGUCAAGGAUGGAACCAAACAACUCAACACUGCCAAGGGAUACCAGAGGAGCACCAGGAAGUGGAUGUGUAUUGGACUCAUUAUUCUCCUCAUACUCAUUCUUCUAAUUGUCAUCCCCAUCGCCACCAGCUUUGCCCAUUCUUAA